UGCUGCCGGUCCGUGGCGGCGGGGACGGCCGGGCGGUGCCGCCCCUCGGCCCUUACCUAACGCGGGCAGGGCUGACCUUAUGUAAGGGCAGGGGCGGGGCCGGCACCGCUGUGGUGGAGGCAGCAGCGCCAUGUCCUGGUACCGCAACACCGUGUGGUUCGUGAAGGGGCUGCGGGAAUACACGAGGGGCGGCUAUGAAUCUGCUUCCAAGCACUUCAAUCCAGCUGAUAUGGAGGUGGAUGUGGCUGGGAGAUCCUUCCUGGUCACCGGUGCAAACAGUGGCAUUGGCAAGGCCACAGCCAAGGAGAUAGCGAGGAGAGGUGGCACAGUUCAUCUGGUUUGCCGGAAUAAGGAACGGGCUGAGGUUGCCCAAGAAGAAAUAGUGACAGAAACAGGCAAUCAGAAUAUCUUCUUGCAUAUUGUGGAUAUAUCUAAUCCCAAGGAAGUAUGGAAGUUUGCUGAAAAAUUCAGAAAUCAACAUAAAUUAAAUGUGUUGAUCAACAAUGCAGGAUGUAUGGUGAAUAACAGAGAGUUAACUGAAGAUGGACUUGAAAAAAACUUUGCAACAAACACUUUGGGUACAUACAUCCUGACAACUGCCCUGCUGCCCCUCCUGGGAAAAGAAGCUGAUGCCAGAGUGAUAACUGUCUCUUCUGGGGGCAUGCUAGUUCAAAAAUUAAACAUAUCUGACUUGCAGUCGGAAAAUGGGACAUUUGAUGGAACUAUGGUGUAUGCACAGAACAAGAGACAGCAAGUUGUCUUGACGGAACAGUGGGCAAAAGCUCACAGAAACAUCCAUUUCUCCGUAAUGCACCCCGGCUGGGCAGACACUCCAGCCGUGAGGUCGUCAAUGCCAGACUUCUACGAGAAGAUGAAGAACUCCCUGCGCACAGAGGCCCAGGGAGCUGACACUGUGGUAUGGUUGGCAGUAUCAGCUGAGGCAACCAAGUUACCGAGCGGCUUGUUCUUCCAAGACAGGCAGCCAGUCGCUACACACUUACCCCUGGCAAGCACCCACAGUCCACUGGAGGAUGAGGAGAAGCUAAUGGCAGUGCUGGAAGAGUUCUCCCAGAAUUUUAGAUCCAGUUUGCCAGGAACUUAGUGUCACUGCUGACACAGUGUAACGAUAAAGCUUCUAAUUACACAGUAACACACCUGCUGUAGUACCCCUGCUGUUGAGUGGAAGUAGGAUGCCAUAGGCCUGUUAAAAAUGAAUUGGGUUCAGGUGUUUUCAUAAUGGGGGAGGGCGGUUCCUGUGUCAUUUUUUUCUGCUGCCGAGUCUCUCCUAUUGUGAAUAUGCACCUGCUGUCUCAAGACGCACUCAGGUUGUGUUCUUUGAAUUGGAAGAAAAAUUGGGAGGCAUUAAAAUAAAACCCAAGACUUUGUAAAGUUACUCAGAAUAAUUUAAAACAUUCAGCACAGAGAAAUGCAGAGGAGUGUUCUUUCAGUAGCCUUUGUGAAAGACUUCAGGAAAGAAGUGGGAAAUGUUUUAAACAACAUUUAACCGCUGUAUUUGACGGGUUGGUGGUGUCAUUCACUCCAUGAGGAUUGACUGGGCUCAAACCUAUAACUGGGAAUGCAGAAACUCUCUUGCAGUGUCUGCUUAUUUUAAAUAGAGGAAUUCCUCACGGCCUUCAGUUUCUAUAAAUCAGUGCUGGUAUGCAGAAAUGAUCUGCUUACUCAUGUUUAACCAGCAAGAAUUUAGGAACACUGCCAAAUGCCUUCCACAUUACUUUAUGGAGCCAGGGCUGAAUAUUAUCCCAUUUAUGUCAAGAUACCAUGAAGUAGGAGGUCUCAACACAUAACACACCCAGACAGGGCUGGAUCCAGCAGGGACAUGGCUGUAUGACUGUCAGCAUGAAAAGAAAUAACACACUAAGCUGUAUAUGCUUGCCAUUUCUGCAAAAGAUUAAAGGGAAUUGCUGUAUCAUUAUGGAUGGAUGAAGAGGGGGAAAGGAACACUGUGGGGCACAGGUUUUAGAGGUGAAGUCCACCUCCUGAUGAGAGGGUUGUAUUUUGUCUGCAUCUGUUUACUUUCAGACCUAGAGGAUGGGAUUCAUCUUACCUGAUCUGUGGACAUUUGAAUUACUCACUGGGAUUCUCACUGUAAAGUGCGUAGAGAGAAAACAGGCUUUUUCAGAGGGAUUUACUGAAUCUAGUUUAAGAAACAUCACCUACAGUCCUACAUCUUUCUACUAAUGGUAAAGACAUCUCAGACUAAGACACUCAGGUGGGAUUCAUUUUGUCUUACUUAUUUCAGAUUUACUGCAAAGCAGUGGUAACACAUUUUCUUAUGACUGUGUUUAUAAGCCAACUGCCUAUAGAACUCAGCCAACUGGUCACACUGUUUCACACAUGGCUCAGACCAGUGUGGUAGGGCAAAUAACUUAGACACAAAUAUAACACAGGUGUUCUUGAGGUCUCUGCAGUGUCUGGUAGCUAAGGUCCUGCAGAUGGGUGUGGGAGAGCUCCUUAUAUCUGCUUUACAUAAUUUUAUUUCCCCAAAGAUACCCUCCUGGCUGAUGGCAUUUACUAAUUAUUCAAAGACCUCCCAUAAAGUAUCAGUUUAGGAAAAAACUUCUCUUUUCAGCCUAUUAUCAGUCUCCUUGGAAAUAAAGACUUUACUGUCAGAGAGGCCCUGAAAUAAGCUUUCCCAUGAUAAGCAGUGCUGAAACAAGUGAGGCUGUCACAGCGCUUCCUGAAGAGGCUGGGUCAGCGUUCAAACUAUUGCUUCACUUAUAACUUCAUUUGUAAACUUACAGUGAAAGAAAACAACAGCAAGGCUUGUACAGAGGUUUAUUUACUACAAGUCUGGUAUUAACAUUUUCUAUAGUUCCAGCUGUUAAAUACAGUUACCCAAAACAAGAGUAUAGCUGGAAGCAUAUAUAAUAACUACAUUUCUUAAUCCAGUAGCUGCAAGGCUAAUAAAAACAUUUGCAUUAUCAAGUAGUUAAGUUGCUUCUCAGCUCUGCAGUACAGAAGAAGUUUAAUGACUGGUAUUUAAAUAGUUCAUAAAAAUAAAAAAAGUGUGC